CGUCCGUCGAUUGGCCGGCCGCGGCGCCGCUCCCAGAAUGCACCGGAUGGCGCGUCAUUGAAGAGAGACCAUGAUGGCGGCGGCACUUGGGCCCCCAGAAGUGAUCGCCCAGCUGGAGAACGCGGCCAAAGUUCUCAUGGCACCUCCUUCCAUGGUCAACAAUGAACAACGCCAGCAUGCAGAGCACAUAUUCUUAUCAUUUAGGAAAUCGAAGUCACCAUUUGCAGUUUGCAAGCAUAUUUUGGAAACAAGCAAGGUGGACUAUGUCCUCUUUCAAGCUGCCACGGCCAUCAUGGAGGCAGUGGUCCGAGAGUGGAUUCUCUUGGAAAAGGGCAGCAUUGAGUCACUGCGAACAUUCCUUUUAACUUACGUCUUACAGAGGCCCAACCUCCAAAAGUAUGUUCGGGAACAGAUUCUCUUAGCAGUAGCAGUAAUUGUAAAACGAGGCUCACUAGAUAAGUCAAUUGACUGCAAGAGCAUUUUUCAUGAAGUCAGCCAGUUGAUCAGUAGUGGCAAUCCCACUGUGCAAACUCUGGCCUGUUCUAUUCUGACUGCACUAUUGAGUGAAUUCUCAAGUUCAAGUAAAACCAGCAACAUCGGACUGAGCAUGGAAUUCCAUGGCAACUGCAAAAGAGUUUUCCAGGAAGAAGACCUUCGUCAGAUCUUCGUGUUAACCGUGGAAGUUUUGCAGGAGUUCAGCAGGCGGGAAAACCUCAGUGCUCAGAUGUCCUCAGUGUUUCAGCGCUACCUCUCACUCGCCAAUCAGGUCUUGAGCUGGAACUUUCUUCCUCCAAAUUUGGGCAGACAUUAUAUAGCCAUGUUUGAAUCCUCACAAAAUGUGCUGCUAAAGCCAACGGAGUCCUGGCGGGAGGCCCUUCUGGACAGCAGAGUCAUGGAGCUUUUCUUUACAGUACAUCGAAAAAUCAGAGAAGAUUCAGAUAUGGCACAAGAUUCUCUGCAGUGCCUCGCCCAGUUAGCUUCUUUGCACGGACCUGUCUUCCCCGAUGAAGGAGCACAGGUUGACUACCUAGCACACUUCAUUGAGGGUUUACUGAGUACUAUCAAUGGUAACAUUUGUUACCUGGUUUGUAGAAUUGAAAUAGAAGAUUCUGAAGCUGUGGGGAUCUCCAGCAUUAUCAGCAACCUGAUAACUGUGUUCCCUCGAAACGUCUUAACUGCCAUUCCAAGUGAGCUUUUCUCAUCCUUUGUGAACUGCCUCACACACCUCACUUGUUCUUUUGGGCGUAGUGCUGCUUUGGAAGAAGUGCUUGAUAAAGAUGACAUGGUCUACAUGGAAGCAUAUGACAAGUUGCUGGAGUCCUGGCUGACUUUGGUCCAAGAUGACAAACAUUUCCAUAAAGGCUUUUUUACCCAGCAUGCAGUUCAAGUCUUCAAUUCCUAUAUUCAGUGCCACCUGGCCGCUCCAGAUGGCACAAGGAAUUUGACUGCCAAUGGUGUGACCUCUCGUGAGGAAGAGGAAAUAAGUGAACUUCAAGAAGAUGACCGAGACCAGUUUUCAGAUCAACUAGCCAGUGUAGGAAUGCUAGGAAGAGUUGCCGCAGAGCACUGUAUACCUCUUCUGACAAGGUACACACAGGCCAGAGAACCCAUGGAGCAAAUACUCUGUACUUACACUUCCUUGAAGAGCACUUUAUACACCCCUACCCGAUUUGCACACUGGAGCAAAUGGACAGAAACACACUCAUGGCUGCAGUCCUUGGCUUUUACAUUGGAGCCCAGUUUAUUAGAAGAAAGAGUAACAAGGCUCCAUGGUCAGUUACAGCGACAUCAGCAGCAGUUACUUGCUUCACCUGGUUCAAGCACCAUUGACAGCAAAAUACUUGAUGAGCUAUAUGAAGAUAUUCACUGGCUUAUUUUAGUUACAGGCUACCUCUUAGCUGAUGAUACUCAGGGAGAGACUCCGCUAAUACCUCCAGAAAUAAUGGAAUAUUCCAUUAAGCAUUCAUCUGAAGUUGACAUUAAUACAACACUUCAAAUUUUGGGAUCUCCAGGAGAAAAGGCUUCUUCCAUCCCAGGGUACAACAGAACAGAUUCUGUGAUUAGGCUGUUAUCUGCUGUUCUCAGAGUUUCGGAAGUUGAGUCUCGAGCAAUAAGAGCAGAUCUCACUGAUCUGCUAAGCCCUCAAAUGGGCAAAGAUAUUGUUUGGUUUCUAAAACGCUGGGCAAAGACUUAUCUCCUGGUGGAUGAGAAGCUAUAUGAUCAGAUAAGUCUACCAUUCAGUACAGCAUUUGGAGCAGAUACUGAGGGUUCUCAGUGGAUUAUUGGCUACCUCUUACAGAAAGUCAUCAGCAACCUCUCAGUGUGGAGUAGUGAGCAGGACCUUGCAAGUGACACUGUGCAGCUCCUUGUCACUUUGGUGGAAAGAAGAGAAAGGGCAAACCUAGUAAUCCAGUGUGAAAACUGGUGGAAUUUAGCUAAACAGUUUGCGACCCGAAGCCCUCCUCUGAAUUUUCUGUCCAGUCCGGUGCAGAGGACGCUGAUGAAGGCCCUUGUCCUGGGAGGUUUUGCACAGAUGGACACAGAAACCAAACAACAGUAUUGGACUGAGGUUCUUCAGCCAUUGCAGCAGCGAUUCUUAAGGGUGAUAAAUCAGGAAAACUUUCAGCAGAUGUGCCAGCAAGAGGAGGUCAAGCAGGAAAUCACUGCCACGCUAGAGGCCCUGUGUGGCAUUGCCGAGGCUACCCAGAUUGACAACGUCGCGAUCCUUUUUAAUUUCUUAAUGGACUUCCUUACCAAUUGCAUUGGAUUGAUGGAAGUUUACAAAAAUACCCCCGAGACUGUCAAUCUCAUAAUAGAAGUUUUUGUUGAAGUUGCACAUAAACAGAUAUGUUAUCUUGGAGAGUCCAAAGCGAUGAACUUAUAUGAAGCCUGCCUCACUUUGUUGCAAGUAUAUUCUAAGAAUAAUUUGGGGCGGCAGAGAGUGGAUGUCACAGCGGAGGAGGAACAAUAUCAGGACCUACUUCUUAUUAUGGAACUUCUUACAAACCUUCUGUCAAAAGAGUUCAUAGACUUCAGUGAUACAGAUGAAGUGUUUAGGGGACAUGAGCCGGGGCAAGCAGCAAGCAGGUCUGUGUCAGCAGCGGAUGUUGUUUUAUAUGGAGUCAACCUAAUUCUGCCCUUGAUGUCACAAGAUCUUUUGAAGUUUCCAACACUUUGUAAUCAAUACUACAAAUUAAUUACAUUUAUUUGUGAGAUUUUUCCUGAAAAAAUACCACAGCUUCCUGAAGACCUUUUUAAAAGUCUGAUGUGCUCUCUAGAACUGGGAAUGACUUCAAUGAGCUCGGAGGUUUGCCAGCUGUGCCUGGAGGCCCUGACACCAUUGGCUGAACAGUGUGCAAAAGCUCAAGAUACAGACUCACCACUGUUUCUAGCGACACGGCACUUUCUGAAGCUGGUUUUUGAUAUGCUGGUUCUGCAGAAGCACAACACUGAGAUGACGACAGCAGCCGGUGAGGCGUUCUACACGUUGGUGUGCCUGCACCAGGAACCAGGAAUCAGAUAUGAGAGGAUAAUGGAUAUGUGCUUCUGUCCUUGAGGAACUCAGUUUUGUAAGAAAAACAAGAUGAAUGAGACGGGGCACCCAGAAGAGACUGCCUUCAGAGAGCCGGGCAACAACAGUAUUUAUUCCAUACUACAAUAUGGAAAAUGUUCUUCCCUUACCUUCACCUCCCUUGCCCCCCUUCCUUCUUCUUUGAGACUUUAAAGACUGAAGCAGUCACUGAUGUGGGGCCAGUAUAACAGAAGAGGAAAAGUUAUGCUGGCUCACCCAUCUCCCUUCCCUAUUGUACAUGCCCAUCAAGUGUAUGUGAAGAAUCAGUUUCCCAAAACCUAUCCCCCCCCAUUCCUCA